CACAAGUCAAGGACGGCAUGUUACUUAUAGAGUGUCUGGAUGCUGCUUCAAACCACUGUGUGUUACCGUGCUGAAGACUUUACAGUGCAAUAGUAGUUAUACGUUGAGCUUUAAGGGAUGUGUUCUGUUGUAUUUGCAAUAUAGUAAAUCUUUGAAAACCAUUCCUUCAAUAGAAAUGGCGAUAUUGCUGUCUGCAGGGAAACGCACCUCCCUAAAGGGUUUACUUGACGGAGUGAAUGGUCUGCAGCUGCUUACGUCUGGAAGUCGUAGCCUUCAUACCACCGCCGUUUGUUUAAAGAAUCAAGCAGCUAGAGUUCGAGUUGGGAAGGGAAAUAAACCUGUGACUUAUGAGCAAGCUCUUCCACCACAUUAUAUUGGUCAUCGCAAAGGCUGGCUGACCCAAAAUACAAGUAACCUUGAUAAUGAGCAGGGAGCUGCAGAAAGGAUUAUUGAGGAUGUCUUCAUUCGCAAAUUUAUCUUUGGUACCUUCCAUAGCUGCCUAGCCAAUGAAAUCGUCAUUAAGCGUCGAGGCAAUGCUAUCAUCAUUUGUGCUUUUUUUCUUCAAAAUCUGUCUCCUCAGAAGUACUACUUUUUAAUAGGUUACACUGAGACUUUGCUAUCACAUUUUUAUAAGUGCCCUGUCAAAAUGGAGGUGCAGACUUUGCAGGAGAAGGUAGUUUACAAGUACCUAUAAACAAAACUCUUAAGAUGGAUGGAAAAGUGACAUGAAAUGUAGUGAAGCUUGUGAACUGUUGAUUGUGAUGUCAAAGUGUUAAAUUCAGCACUGAAAAGAAAAAUGGCUGUAUUAGCAACAUUGUGAUUAAAAAUAAACUACAAAAUCAUA